GCGAUAGCAUUUGCACAGGCGCCAUACAUCUCCAACAGGACGGCGCUCGCACGACUGGAGCAUUGUGUAAAAUUCUACCAAAGCCAUCAGGUGGCAGUUCCACCGCAGGUUCUUCGUUCACUUUUAUGGAUCAUUACAAGGGACCUCGAAGCAGGGAGGCCAGGACGAACCAGUCGGUUGCGAUGGUUCAUGAGCCUACUACUCAAAGAAGCGGGCCCUGCGACGACUUUGAAAGUUGGUCUGGCCUUGAAGAAGUGGAGGGCUGCUGUAUUUACAAGACUAAAGAACCAAAGGUAA